AUGCCCAAGCCUAUCGCAAUCGUCGGAAUAUCUGUCAACAUUCCCGGCGGGGCAGACUCAGCCGAUAAUUUGAAUCACCGCAGUUUCUUUGAUUUUUUGCUUUCCAAACGGCAAGCAUACGAGCAAAUCCCGGCCGAUAGAUUCCAUGCAAACAGCUGGAAAGGACCGGGCCGUGGUCAAGUGGUAACAGACGUUGGCACAUUCUUGAAGAAUGUCUCGCUUUUCGAUCCCCUCGAGUUUGGGAUCCCAUCCAAGGAUGCGAGCGCUAUGUCUCUGGGUACGCGCCAACUCAUAGAGCAUUCUUUUCUGGCUUUCCUCGAUUCUGGCAUUCAAUACCGUGGCGAAAAUGUUGGCUGCUACAUGAGCGGCGCAGAGUCCGUCAUUUCAAACGUUUGGGACCCUGAUGACCACGCUACGCAAGGAUCCUUCGCCGGAAUUCCCUCCAUGAUUGCCAACAGAGUAUCCUACCAUUUGGACCUUCGAGGACCCUCGCUUCAAACUGAUACAGCAUGCAGUUCAACGCUCACCGCGUUGCAUCUCGCUGUUCAAGGUAUCCGAACCGGUGACUGUAUAGCUGCCGUUGUUGGAGGAGCACAGGUGAAUCAUCGGCUAGUCGAUUGGAUCAACUACAGCCAAAGCUCUGUAUUGGCUACUGAUGGCAUUUGUAAGCCUUUGGAUGCUGCUGCAGACGGAUUUUCGCGAGGCGAGGGCAUCGCUGCGAUCGUCAUAAAGUCAUUGGAGGAUGCCGUCCUUGAUGGCGACCAUAUUUACGCAACGAUUUUGAACACCGCCAUCAACUCUACCGGCUCUAUUGCUCCUCUCAGCACGCCUGUAGCUGAGUCUCAAAGAGAUGUAAUGUAUAGAGCGUUCGCCGGGACAGGUCGUCACCCGAGCGAGGUAGCUUUUGUGGAACUGCACGCGACAGGAACGGCAGCUGGUGAUCCUAUCGAAGCGAACCUUGUAGGCUCGGAAUUCCGACGGGAGACUCCACUUUUUGUAGGAACUUGGUAUUAUAGGCAUUUGGAAAUCACAGCUUUUCUCGCAUCUCUCUCCAAGGCAUGCUCUAUCUUCUCCACUGGAAUCAUCCCUCCAAACGUGAACUUUAAGAACCCGAACCCGGGGAUCCGAUGGGAUGAGUACGGCCUGACGGUUCCUCUUGACCAAACACCACUUUCUACCCCUCCAGGCGUAACAGGUCUACCUCUGAUCUCGCUGCUAAGCUCGGGAAUUGGUGGUUCGAAUGGGCACUGUUUACUUCAAGCUCCACCUUCUCGACCCGCAUCUCCGAACCUUCCCAAAACCAAUAUCCACGAUGUCCUUCUGGUCUCCGGUGGGCUCUCCCCUCGUACCGCCUCAUCAGUAUCCGAAGAUCUUCGUACAUUAGCCGAUGAAGGCCCGAGUGAUUUGAGAGUAAUCUCGGCUGCAUAUGGGCGCAACUCUCGGUCUAUGACAUGGAGAUCAUAUGCUGUUGCCUCCGUGGACUCCUCUCGAACCAUCCAGUUCAGUGCCCCCAGCCUCGCCCCUCGUGUCAAGCCUCCCAUUGUCUGCGUUUUUUCUGGGCAGGGCCCUCAACAUUUUCAUAUGGGUCGCCAGCUGUUCCAAGAUUAUCACGUUUUUAGGGAGAGCGUUCUCCUCAUGGAUGAUAUUUAUCACUCUGUCACUCAGCUCUCCCUCAUUCGCAGCUAUGGCUUAUUCCAGCACGAAUCCUCGACCUCUCUCAGUGCUGAAAUCCGAGACGGGAUCUGGCCUCUCACCAUCAUCCUUCCUGCUUUGACCAUCCUUCAAAUUGCAUUAUUCGACUUGCUCGUCAGUCUCGGACUUCCUCGAGCGUUUUCUGUCAUCGGGCAUUCUUCCGGCGAGACCCCCAUGUUAUAUGCUGCUGGAGUUUUGUCGAGAGAGAUGGCAGUUGAAAUCGCCAUAGCGCGUGGGCGGGCAAUGGACAUCACAGCCGGCACAGGUGCUCUGGUCGCAUUUGGGUGCACCCACGAGGUGGCCCUCCGGAUCAUAGGAGCUGCACAGUCUACUCUCCGUCAGGCUGGAGGAGUGCUUGAGAUUGCAGCAUACAAUUCCCCAGGAGCCGUGACCAUUGGUGGAACAGAGGGCUUAGUCGCCAUCGCUAUAGCUCUAGCCGAGAAAGAACAGAUAUUCACCCGGCGACUCCCGACGGACGUCCCCGUCCAUAGCAGCCUUAUGGAGCCCUGUCGUGAACGUUACAUGGAGCUUGUUGAAGAUGUCUUCGCGAAAUACCCUACUCCUCUCCUCCGAUCAGAUAAUCCUCGCAUCUACUCUACUGUUACAGGAGACCUUUUCCCAGAGCACCUUGACCCAGUCUAUUUGUGGAGGGCCACACGCAGUCCCGUUCUUUUCGAGGGCGUAGUCCAAAAUGUCCUUCAUGAUGUCCCCGACGCCACUUUCUUGGAAAUAGGAGCACACCCCGCCCUGUCGUCAUAUCUGAUAUCCAUGGGCGCAGCACCGUCCUCCGUCGUCUGUCCUAUGCGACGAAGCAGAGUGGUGAGACCUGGCGACGAAACUCGCGCUCUUCUUGAUUGUUUGGGCCGCUUGACCGUUCUGGGGUACAAUUUCAUCGACUUCGCAAAACUCAACCAGACGAAGUCCAACCACCAGAGCCUUAACUCACCUCUCCCGAGGUUUCCCUUCAAUCGCCGACACUUUCACUUCCACCCCUCCGACUCGUUCGCGGCCCAACACCAGAUGGUGAUGAGAAACGGCCCCUUGAACUAUCCCAACCUUCGUAUCAGCUCGCAGACGCACCCGCUACUGGCGGAUCAUAUUAUUCGAGGGGAGCCUAUAAUGCCUGCGGCAGGCUAUCUGGAGAUGAUAUUCGAGUUCGGCGUGCGCACCUUAUGGGACAUACGUUUCCCCUUCAUGAUGUCUAUUCCUACGGACAAGGCGCUUGAAGUUCAAGUCUGCAAAAAUGCUAAUCACUCAUGGAGUGUUUCGUCGAAACUUUCCGGUGCGAACGCAGUCGAAAAUCCGCUUCGCCUGCAUGCCGAAGGUUACAUGUCUUCUGAUCUUAUGGACGACGGUGAUUCUGGCAUUAUCCACCUCGAUGCCAUACGGAAUCGAUGUAGCGACCUCUCUUCUGCGGAGUUUUAUACCGCUCUCACCACAUUCGCUCAAUAUGGCCCUUCGCACCGACGAGUUAUGUCCUGCAUCAGAAACGACCAGGAGAUGUUAACCCGUGUACGUGGCAUGGAUCCAAGCCUAGCAACAACAGGCAUUCCCUACGUCUUUCAUCCUGCUGUUCUCGAUGCAUGCCUUCAUGGAGUCAUCCAUCCGGAUAUGACUACCAAUGUUGGUUUGACAUCUUACUUCCUCCCUUCUCAUAUCGAGGCAGUAUUCCUAUACACACCACUCAUUGAACACGAGGUUUACUCUCACGUGGUUCUCAGGCAGUGGAAUCCAGAGUACCUCGUGUUCGACUGCGACAUUAUGAAUAAUGGUGGUCUCCGAAUUUGCUGCUUGCGCGGCAUCAAGGUCACCCUUCAUAACUUCGAUGUUAUGAAAGGUGAGAGUCAGCAACGAUUCGACAUCAGUUUCGAGCCUCUUUUCGACAGGCCCUUAGUACCGAAGACCUUAGUUCCGCUGAGCGCGCCAAACUUAUCUUUGGCCCGUACCUCGGAUUCUUUGCACAUUCUUCCUUUUCAUGCCCACGAAGAGAUGCAAAUUCAGCGGCAGCUCGGUGAUCUACGUGCGCAAGGCUGUCCCGGUAUAUGGAUCGUUGCGUCGGCCGGUCUCGAAGGAGGCGCAGCAAGAGGAUUUUCUCGGUCUCUCCGUAACGAACUCUCACCGUUCAUCGUCCGACUAGCCGUUUUCGAUGUUCGAUGGACGGAGCAAGAAAGGCACGCCAUACUGAACACCAUCUCGACAACCGUAAACCUUCCGGCAGAGAUUGAUGUCGACACUGAUGGACGAAUACUGUCACCCAGGUUCAAGCUCUCCAUCCCACCAUCCAGGACAUCCCCUCUACAGUCUCAUAUCCACUGGAGCUUUACCGGUACCGACACUGUUCAAGUAGACCCGGACACACACAUUCCAGCAGGACAUGUCCUUGUCAGAUUCUUGCGGGUAGCUCCACUCCCGUCGCAGGCUCGUUUCAGAGGGUUUGUAGGUGAUGUGAUGGGCGCAGGGACUACUCAGUACCCACCUGGGACGCGAGUAUUUGGUGUUCACGUCGGAAGCCUAGCUAAUAUCGCACCAGUACACGAGGGCAGUGUGGUGAUUGCUCCUACAGACAGGGGGUACGAGCUCGCAAACUUUGCAGUUGCCUGCAUACUAGCCAACCUCACACUCGGGCCGGGUGCUUUUCCACAUUCCAACGAACCCCAUGAGACAGGCAGAAUCUUGGUCACUCAUCAGGAGUCGGUGGAAAGCCACGUCAUCUUCGAGUUUCUUCAAAGUUGCGGACUUCAGCCACAGUUUUGCGAUUUAAAGGCGUCUGCCAUUCUUCAACUCCGAAAGACGUUCGAGGCGGGUGAUAUGAUUGUUUCGGGUGCAUCUGAUGACGAGGCGCGCCUCUUGUCUAGCGCACUCUGUACUACUGUGGUUCAGGUGUGCAUGUGGCGCAAAACUGCGUCAACAUUGGAGACAUUUCUGAAUGACCACCCAUGGUUCAUCUCAAACACACUGAGGUCGUCGCUACCAAUUUCCAACCGUGGACAUCACUUUUCAUCUCCUAUUUUGUUACACCCACGAGAACUCAUCCCCAAUGGCGCAUGUAUCUUGCCAACCUCACUUUUCAAUCCCUCCAAGAUUUACCUUCUCGUCGGUGGUAUUGGCUCCCUCGGGCUCGCCCUGUCCGUGUGGAUGUUCCAGAAUGGUGCUAGAAGGGUAGUUCUGACCUCAAGAUCGGGCAGGCAAUCUCUGUCAAGACCAGGAUUCACUUCCGCACGCCGUAUGUUGGGGUACCUGGAAGGAAUGCCGCAGCUAGAGAUACGCUUGGAAGCGUGUGAUGCCUCAGAUUCCUCGUCUAUGCGGGCAUUGCUGGCAAGCAUAGCGGUGGAGCUCGGCGGAUGCUUCCUCCUGUCGUAUACUCUGAGCGAUCGGUUGUUUCUGUCUCAUACAGCGGAAAGCUACGCCACGCCAUGGGUUCCCAAAGUCGUAGCGUUCGAAGUCUUGGACAGCCUGGUAUCCAUCGAGAAUCUGGAGUUUCUGGUAUGCGUUUCUUCGGCUGCCGGGUUUGGAGGCCCCGGUCAGAGCAACUAUGCGAGCGCAAACACGGCUCUCGAGGCGCUCCUACGUCCGCACACAAAUGCAUUCUGCCUCAUCUCUCCCUUAAUCAUCGAUUCGGCCUUUAAUAUCGGGAGGCCGUCUAGCGUAGGUUGGGAUGACUGGGUAGCCUGGUCAAUGACAGCUCAGCAAAUUUGCGCAUGUAUCGGCGACGGUCUUUACAAACUACGGCAGGGACACCGCCUUUGGCUUUAUGUCCCCGACCUCGACUGGCGACUCGUACAGAAGACAUUCGGCCCGUCCGUUCUUUAUGACCACCUCGUCCCACCUGUUACCGCCACCACAUCUGAAGUCGUCGAUGUACAGGACGUUCCUGGAGUAUUGCGAGGGAUACUCCGCGAGCAGCUGGGCGUCUGCGCAGACGACUUCGACGACGACAUUCCGUUCACGUCCUAUGGGCUCGAUUCUUUAUCUGCUGGCCGUAUUUGCUUUGCCUUACGUCCCCAUUUGAGCGUAACACAGAUGCAACUUUUGGGAGACCUUGGCUUGAACGACCUAUUGAAACGAUUCCCCUCAUCCAGCGAGGAUGAACACUUCAUUCCCGUCCCUCGAGUCUCACCAGAGUCGACAACCGACGUAUGCGUCCCACGCAGGACUUUCACCUGGGAGGCCUUGAAUCGCACCAGCGAGAACAUUGUUAAGCUCGUAGAAUGUGGAGAAGAGGACGUCCCGUUAUUCAUCGUGCACGGAGCGAGCGGCAACAUCGUUGCAUUCAUGCCCCUCCAAGAUCAAUUCUCCACGCCUCUGUACGCCAUCCAGACCACACCCGACACGCCGAUGACCUCAGUGUUCUCAACCGCAGCCUACUACUACACGCAAAUCAAAGCCAUUCGCCCGCAAGGACCAUACCGCCUAGCAGGAUUCUCGGCAACGAGUCUUAUCACUAUGCAUCUUGCUAAGAUGUUCAUCGAGGCGGGAGAUGAGGUCGUUCAACUCGCAUUAUUGGAUCACUUCCCGACGCUUUUCGCAAGUCCUGAAUGGGAACUUGACCCCGACACUAUUCGUGACGGAGUAGCCAGUCGUGAUUUGGCCCAUCGAGUAUUCGAGUCGAUGUUGGACCUGUACAGGCGCGAUCCCUCUCGACGGGGGCAGACGAUAGUGGAAGAGCUCACGGCCGCAUUUUACGAAGGCUACCAUGCUACCGAGCUCGUCGAGCUAUACCACCACAAUUUCUACAGGACGUGCGCUAUGGCUAUCGACUUCUUGGUCGGGACGUGCGAUCUUCGCACACUGGCGAAAUCGGCUGCAGACAGAGAAGACGCACCAGUCUCUUCCGGUCACAUUCGGGCGAAGGUCGAAGCCUGGAUCACUGACGCCACCUCACGUGUACCGGUGACAGUGUAUGUGGCAUCGAGGGGCUACCAACAGUCGCUGUCAGAAUACGGGGAAGAGUGGGUGGAUCUUGGGUGCGGGAGGGUCCCAGGAGUGAGUAUCGUGCGUAUUGACGCAGCGCACUUCGAGAUGAUGACAAACGCAACCAUGCUGAAGAGUUUGGAGUAUGGAUGGAAGGAAGGAAGGAAGGACGGCAUACUCUGAAGGGAUAGGUGAGGUUUGAGUCGAUGCUGCGAGGAUAGUAGACAUGUUGUUGGGGCGAGUGCAGGAAAACGUUCUGCGAGGAUACGAGGUCGAAGAAGUGGAAGAGGGAUGGUUUGGUCACGAAAUCUAGAUUGUGGUCAGUACGUAUUAGCGUUCGGGAGGCUCUAGCCAGCUGGUAGGACGGAUUUCGAGCUCAAACAUGCGGUUA